AUGAGGAACCCACGACCUAAGAUAAGGAGAGCACAACUGUCCGAUGAAAUGGAAAAGGGGCCAUAUUACGACUCUGAUUUUGAAGAAAGUGAAUUAGAGUCAGAAUCAUAUAAUGAAUCAGAAAGGGCAUUUGUUGUCGAUGAUGAAUUGGUCAUUAGAGAAGAAGGUCAGUCUGAUAAUGAAAGUGAAGAUGACGAGGAUGAGGUUGAUCAAAAACCAACCAAAUAUAGUGUUCAUGACCCUUCUGUUCAUUGGAAGAAAAUGAAACCACAUUUAGGUGAAAAGUAUGCUAAUCAAACUGAGUUAAGGUUCUACCUGACUAACUAUGCAGUUCACAAUGGUUAUCCAAUUGAGGUGACCAAAUCUUCUAGUACAAGGAGAUGUAACUUCAAGUUAUGGGCAUCUUGGAUGAACAAAGAGAAAUCAUUUCAAAUUAAGGGACUUAAUAAUAAGCAUACUUGUGUUCGGGUGUACAAGCAUGCCACAUUGAGACAAUGCUAUAGGGCUAAGAAGAAAGCACAUGAGAUUUUAACUGGAAAGUUAUCAGAGCAUUAUGCUCGUAUAUGGGAAUAUGGAGGAGAGAUCAUUAGAUCAAACCCUGGUAUUAUAGCAAAGGUUGGAGUUGAUAUCAAAGAAGAUGGUAGUAAUGUUUUCAAAAGAUUCUAUGUAUGUUUUAAGGCUAUAAAGGAUGGGUGGAUUAGGGGUUGCAAGAGAGUCAUUGGACUAGAUGGUUGUUUUCUAAAAGGGCAAUGCAAAGGGGAGUUACUCACUGCAAUAGGUAGGGAUGGGAACAACCAGGUAUAUCCAAUAGCCUGGGUUGUGAUUGAUGUUGAAAACAAGGACAAUUGGGAGUGGUUUAUUAAGUUGCUUGUGGAAGGCCUUGGCUUAGAGUUAGGUGAAGGGCUGACAGUUAUUUCUGGUCAGCAUAAGGGCUUAGUAGAGGCUCUAAAGGAGAAGUUGCCAUUAGUUGAGCAUAGGCAGUGUGCCAGACAUGUGUAUGUCAACUUUAAAAAGGUGUACAAUGGGAUUGAUUACAAGAGACAUUUUUGGGCAGCUUCAAUGUCAACCACAGAGUCAUCUUUUCUUGAGACAAUGGAGGAACUCAAAGAAAUGAAUGGGGGUGCUUACGACCACCUCAUGGAAAGGAACCCAGAGAGUUGGAGCAGAGCAUUUUAUAAGGAAGGUAGAGCAUGUGAAGCAGUAGAAAAUGGUAUAUCAGAGAGCUUCAAUUCAGUAAUUCUGGAGGCAAGGACUAACCCACUUCUUACUAUGUUGGAGGAGCUUAGAAUGUAUGUUAUGGAGAGGUUUUAUAGGAUGUCUACAAUACACUUAACAUGGAGGGGAGAUGUAUUCCCUACAAUAUUGACAAAGCUGGAUGACUUGUUUAAAGAUAUGAGGUUGUGGAGUGUUGUAGCUAGUGACACAAAUGUAUUUGAAGUGAGACUAGGAUUUGAGUAUUUUCAGGUGGACUUAGGAGAACAAUUUUGCACUUGUAGAUUAUGGGAAAUAUCUAGGAUUCCAUGUAUCCAUGCAUGUGCAGCUAUGAACCACACACAACAACAACCUGAAACACUGAUCAGUUCAUGGUUUUCCAAAGAGAAGUUUGUAGAGACUUAUAAAGGCAAUAUCAGGCCUCUAAAUGGUAGUAAAUGUGGGCCAGGACACCAUAUGCCAAGCCACUGCCACCACCUGCAAAGAGGAUGCCAGGAAGACCUAAAACCAGAAGAAGGAAACAUGUCAUAG